UGUUGUGAGGGGAGGAGGAAGCCAUCUUGUUUUCCCCUUACUCUGGACUAUAUAGAGGAGUCUUGCAAGACGCCAAGAAGAUUGGGGUUCGGGUUUAAAGUUGCAGUCAUUUCUGCAGACACCCAGUUAACCUUCACACCAGUAAAGAGAAGACUGGAUACGAUUCAGGACUACGGGCCACGGAAGCGGAGGCCUAAACUAAAGCCUGGCAGACCAUUUACGAUGCUUUGAUUUACCUCUUGUGUAGAGUAUGAUGAAUGGAGGAUAAAUGUUGCCCAAAGCUGACAGCAGCAGUUUUGUCCUCCUCCUCUCGCUUCUCUUUACUCCGAGCCUGACGGACCCACCACGCGCAGAUCUCCGGUGUAACCAAGACCAGUUUGCCUGCCGCAGCGGUACCAUCCAGUGUAUCCCCUUCUCCUGGAAAUGUGAUGGCUGGCCUACCUGUGAAGAUGAGAGCGAUGAGAUGGACUGUCCCAGUGUAGCAGGGGAUCAGCGAAUUCACCACGUAAAGGAGAGCGCAGACAGCAGACACCCACAUGGCAGGCCUGCGGGGGACGCCACUCGUUUCCACACCGUCAAUGUGGCUCAGCCAGUACGAUUCAGCCAAAAGUGUCCCACAGGGUGGCAUCACUAUGAGGGGACCGCGAGCUGCUACAGGGUUUAUUUAAACGCCGAGAACUACUGGGAUGCUGUGCAGACUUGUCAGCGAGUCAAUGGGUCUCUGGCCACUUUUGCCACAGAUCAGGAACUGCGGUUCAUUCUCGGAGAGGAGUGGGAUCUGGAGGAAAGAACGUUUGGGCGGAGAGACCAGCGCAGGCUUUGGGUCGGUUACCUGUAUGUAAUUACAAACCGGAGUCACUCCUUGGAAGGCCGCUGGGAGGUUGCAUAUAAAGGCUCAACGGAGGUCUUUUUUCCACCUGAGAAGGUUCCAAUUUUUGGGACAACUAUGCCUGACCAUGAAAAUGUUUUGUGUGCGCAGCUCCAGUGCUUUCGUUUUCCAACCAUUCGUAACAAUGGCCUCCACAGCUGGUAUGCCGAGUACUGCUAUGAAAAAUCUGCUUUCCUUUGUAAAAGAAGAAACAUCAGCAACCAUGAGGGGAAAAAAGGAAGAGAAAAUAAAAAUUCUUCAGUGAGGGUGAAAAAAAAAUCCAAGCCCAUGCAACACAGCCAGACCUGUGUAGAUAUUAAAGAUAACAUUGUGGACGAGGGCUACUACUUCACUCCUAAAGGCGACGAUCCCUGCUUGAGCUGCACGUGUCACAAUGGCGAGCCAGAGAUGUGCGUGGCUGCACUUUGCGAGCGACCCCAGGGAUGCCAGCACUACCGGAAGGACCCCAAAGAGUGUUGCAAGUUCACCUGCCUUGACCCAGAUGGCAACAGCCUGUUUGACUCCAUGGCCAGCGGAAUGCGCCUCAUCGUCAGCUGCAUCUCUUCGUUUCUCAUCCUCUCGCUGCUGCUCUUCAUGGUUCACAGACUUCGCCAGCGGCGCCGCGAGAGAAUCGAAUCCCUCAUCGGAGGAAACUUGCAUCACUUUAACUUGGGGCGCAGGAUGCCAGGUUUUGACUACGGUCCUGAUGGGUUUGGCACGGGUUUGACUCCACUGCACCUCUCGGAUGAUGGAGAAGGGGGAGCGUUUCACUUUCAUGACCCUCCUCCUCCGUACACAGCCUUCAAAUAUCCAGAUAUUCAGCACCCGGAUGACCCCCCUCCUCCUUACGAGGCUUCUAUUAACCCCGACCGCAUGCUCUGUGUCAGCCCAGGUGGCAAUGGUUCACAGGUCCAUCAAAACAUUCAGCCGCCGCCGCUCCCAUCAGGCAGUCUGUGCCCGGAGAUGGAGGAAAGCGCACCUUUAGAGCAGUCCUCGGAAGAGCAUGAAGACUCAAUUGACAGCAGCACACUCCUCGUGCCCCCUGAUUCACCAAACGAUGAACCCACAGUGACAGAGAGUGCAGUAAUGAGCUGCACCAGUAACUGCUCGCUGAAUACGGUCGUAUAAAACCAGGAGACGGUUUCCUUUGUCGUGGAAUGGUAUAAGCGGAGACGCCUUUUGCACAUUGCUCUCCAGAGACCAGGAAAAGCACCGGUUGGAACAUCUAAUAUUUUUUUAAAAAGGUUUUAGUUGCAUUUCCAGACUUUUUUUGAUUGCAGUACUACUUAUCCCCCUCCCAUCACUUUUUUUUGUGUGUUGUGUUUUUUGUUUGUUUUGGCUUUUUUUGUCUUGUAAAUACAAUGAAAUCCCUUCCUGUUUCCAGUGAGGAAACAAAGGAGAGUUGUUAAAGACACCACGGAAAAAAACGGAGCCGCUCUUGUGUCAAUUCAGGAAAAACAAACUCUGAAUUUGAACGUGGAGUCUGUGACUGAAAACACGAGGACCUAACAGUCGAGAGAAGACGUUUACAUGUGCUUCAUACAUCCCUUUCCUGCUGCGAAAAAACACAAGUUAACGAAGGCCUGAAUACGCCAUUUUUGUUUUUCCGUUUUCCUUUUGCUCUGCGUCCGAUGAACUCCUGUAAAGUCCAGCAGAAUGUUGGUUUAAAGAAAAAACAACAAACAUUAACCCCCCCACACACCCACCAUCUUAAGAUCCUUCCCAUCUAAUUCUUUGUGCUGCCCAACGUAUGAUUUAUUUCUCAUUAUCCCCGUAUUUUGGAGGAAAAGAAAUACACUCUGUACGUGUCGGAAGGCUGCCUUGUGCUGCAGUUUGUUUUCUCAUAAUGGACCGCAGAUCUGUGACUUUUAUCAUCACAGCGUAAUUGACCUCCUGGAUGGAAAUGUGUAGAAUAAAAUGAACGAACGGAACUCCUGGCUGUAAAGAUGUCUGUGAUGGUGUAAAACUGAGCAGGCCAAGUGCUUCUGGUCAGUUCUGUUGGAUUUCAAAUGCUUUGUAAUAUCUGUGACUUUAGAGGCAGACUUGUAUUUUUAUCCUGUGUGCGUUUUUUUUUCUCCCCAGUCCUGGAUUAUUCCAAAAGUACCCUUUUAUUUAUUAUGCAUUACACUUUGUGGACGUAGGUUUGCUAUGUAUUAGUUUUAAUAUGUCACUGAAAAUGGGAGAAAAAAUUGUAGACUGCAGAAAAUGAAUGUUUGCCAGGCUGGUAGGAGGGUUAAAAACAAGCCUGUGUCAGUGUUGGGUUUGAAUGCGAUUGCAGUGCCAGUAUCGCUCGCUCUCCCUCCUCUGAUUGGCUGGCAGUGCUGUUCUGUAUAAUGGCUGUCGCCUUCGCUCUACUUGCUGACUGUUUAGAAAUGUCAACUUGAGUCAAUGGUGAACCCCUCUGGGACAGACAUUUGUACCUGCAGCAGUGUGCACUCCCAGCCAGUUGGCAUCACUUCGACCUGUUAUGUGUGCGGAGGGGGGGACCGGACCGGACCGGACCGACUGUAUGGGGAGGCUUUGAUGUAUUGCAGUGUGUGUAAAGUUUACAUGGCAGCACUGCUGGCAAAGGGCAGAAGAGGUCCUGGACCCUGAUUGUGUGUGUCAUUUUGGCAGAUUUCAGGAUGUGCAAAAAAAAAAAAAAAACCACAAAGCUUACUGGUUUGUAACAAACACAAAACUGUAAAAUGUGACUGUGUGUGUGUCAGCCAGGCACAGCUGACAGGAAGAAAGGUACUUGGGUUUGGUUUUCUUUUGCCGUCCCCCCCCCAUGUUACUUGUAGCCCCCUCCCUACUCCAAACCCACUAACGAUGCUUGUAUUCAAGAGACAUUUUCCAAGGCCCAGAGUGGACCAGGACUGUAGGUGUGCUCGUCUGCUGCCGUGUCCAGGGCUCUCUGAGGGGAGUCCAGCAAACCUGUUCUGUUAGUGGUGUGUGUUUUAUUUUUUCCUCUGUUUGUUUGUUUGUACAUUUUAAUAUUGGGCACAGUACAGUAUUACAUGAAGCUGAGUAAACCUUAAAAGUAGCCACACAGAAAAAAGUGAAGUUCUGUAUCAGAAUGCAUUAUUAGAGUGAAUGAAGCAGUGUAUUGAUUUUUAAUUUGUUGAGCACAUGUUUUAAAAUGAACUGCAGUAACAUUCGCCUGUGAAAAUGUCGGCCAACAUCUUGUGUGGACUUUCAUGUAGCAGUUGUGUUCCCUUCAUCCAUGUUGGGUUUGUCUGUCUGUUUUUCUGUUCUGGGCUCUGUAUAGAUAACUGGAAUGGAAUUAUUUUUAAAAUAUUUGUAAUACAGCAGUGUAUAUAAAUGUGUGCAUUUAUUUAUACUGUAUAUUGUUUAUGGUGAGGGGAUUUAUUUUAAACUGCAGUGGCUUGUGGGUACUGAGGGGUCAUGUGACCUGACUGUCUGGCUUCAUUAGUGGGCAAGGCCCAGAAAUACCUGAGUUGGCUCGUCGCAUUUAUCCUAAAGAUACUUUAAUUUUAUGGAGGGUGUUUGUAUUACAAAUAUUUAUACUGUGUACAGAAGCAGACUGUGAAGAUUGUCAAAUACUUCUCUCCCACUUGUAUUGUUAAAUGACAAACGCCCGAUUCUCAUGUAAGACACCUUAUUGAAUAAGUGUGUGAAAUGUGCAAAAAGGAAAACCAAUGAAGAAUUAGUCUGGCCUGGUGUACGAUGGCGUCGAGAGCCGAGGGUUUUAAUGUUGGGAUUAAUUUCACUUCUCAGAAGUGUUGGGUUCUAGAAUUCAUUUUGUGUCAAUUUUGCAAGAUAGGAUGUGCUGCUACUCUAAUUGCUGAUCAUUUUAUUUCUUUGUAAAUUGUCAUAAUAGUGACUGUACUGACCAUCAUGUAACAUCACAGGAAAUAUUUUUACAUUUAUUGUGAAACAAGUUUUUGGCAAUCAUGCUAGUGGGCAAAAAACAAACCAACCCAGUAGUGCACCCCCUUGACGGGACACGUCGCCACUGCUAACGCCGGCCGCUGGGGUGUAAUUAGGGGUGCGAGAGCAAUUGAAAGAGGCACUUUUCAGCCCCUAGGGGGGAAGAUGUUUAUCCUAAUGCCAAAUAAACCAAAUUAUGAAGACAAAU